GUCCACUGGCCCCCUUCUUUCCUCAGUGGAAGCUGAAACAUUAUGAUGUUGUUGUAGGUGUUUUGUCAGCUCGACAUAAUCAUGAACUGCGCAGCAUUAUAAGGAACACUUGGUUCAAGCACCUGAAACAACAUCCGGCACUGAGCCAACGUGUCCUUGUGAAGUUUAUAAUAGGUGCGCAAGGUUGUGCUGUGCCAGUGGAGGACAGAGAAGACCCCUACUCCUGCAAACUUCUGAACAUCAGUAACCCAGUUUUGAAUCAGGAAAUUGAAGCAUUCGUCCUCCCUGAAGACGUACCUUCUGUGCUAUCUGAGGACAGAAUUGUCAGUGUGAACUUUCGUGUACUUUACCCCAUUGUCAUUACCAGUCUUGGGGUAUUUUAUGAGGCUGAUGGUGUGGGAUUCCAGAGGAACAUCACUGUAAAACUGUACCAGGCAGAACAUGAG